CUCCAAUGAAGAUAUGGAUGAUAAUGAUCCAAGACAGUAUAAUGAUGACGAAGAGGAGGAUGAGAUCCUCCAAAUUGUUGUUGAAGAAGAUGCUCGGGCCCCUAGUCAAGAGGAAACACUAUUAUGACAACAGGCCAGACAAUGUGUCUCAAAGAAUGAUACAUUUGUUACAAUGAUCCAAUACCCAACACAGAAGGCCUUACAGUAUGUGAGAACUGACCACAUGGAUAGAGAGGAGCAGCUCCUAACACCCAUUGGUAUGCAUGUAGUACCCAGAACAAUAUCCCUCAGCAUUAAGGAUGACAGAGGAUCAAGGCAAACAGUAGUAAAUAACACGAGACUUCAUAAAUCGUACAGCGAAUCUGUCGACUCAGGUCUUGAAUCCCUUAAAGCGACUCAACGAUAUCAAAAUCAAAAUAUAACAUCAUAUAUACCAAGUACUCUCAAAAAAGGAAACCAAAAUAGGAGGAUAAUAUCAAUAUCUAUCAUUGAUAAAAUCUUAAGUGAUACCAAUUUUAGUUGCAACGGCAGUAUAAAUGAUAAAUGUAGCAUAUCAGAUUUACAAGAAACAUCUAUAUUGCCUUGUAGUUCCCGAAUGACCAUAUCUGAUGAGGUACUAUGUAUGCAGGAUCAGCCCAAAGAUUUUACAGAUACUUUGAUUAAUAUACCUUGGAUCGAGGCUGAUUCUGAUGAAGAUAAAUCUGAAGGAAACUCUCCUAUAUUCGAGCAUCAUGCGGUUCAAGAAAAACUAUUAUGACAUGCAUUAAACCAUGGGCUUUCAAGAGAAAGCUUUCGCGAAAGCCCAUGAGUAAACUUAAAGUACACUAAACAAGGAUGUCAGAUUGGUCUAACUUCUAUAAUAAUUGACGUAUAAGCUAGAAAAUAGAAAUUAUUAUUCCAUGGCACGAUGAGUUAACAUAAAGCUCGUUUGAGUUCAAUGAGCACCUUCAAGAAAAAAUUCUAGAUAUCUCACAAGAAUACCUUUUCAGUGUAUUGUUGAUGAAUUACCUCAUUUUGUUAAAAAAUUAAAGCAUAUUUAGGAAUCAUAUAAGUAAGUACAAGCUUAUUUUAACCAAAGUCAGAAAAAGUCUAUGGCACUCAGCAUAGCCUAUACCUUUUGAAAAAUACUUAGUCACAUUACAUUGUCACAAAAUAAAUAAUAUAUGAUGAUUGUUCAAUAAUGUAUCAUUUUAUUGUACUGUAUGUAUUAUAUUAAAGUCAUCUAUAUCCUGUAA